UGCUUAUGUUCCUGUAUUGUAGACGUGUUGUUCGCUCGAAUAUCCAGUCUAGUCAAACCAGCCCAAGAGUCAAACAUCUAACCGAAGGCCUGGUGCCACCACCACAAUCAACAGCCAAUAAAAACUAAUGGUCAACAAAAUAUCAUCACUAAAACUCAGUGACAUAUUUCAGUUGUUUCAUUUUAGUUUCAAAGGAGGCCUCAUAAAAGGAUCUCAAACUGAAACUGCGGAAGACGAAACGUAAUUGGAAAAAGGAACUUGGCAACAAAAAAAAAAAAAAAAAUCAACCAAAUAAUGGUCCGCUCAGGCCGCGUUAAAAGUGAAAAGUGCUGAAAACUAAUGUAGCAAUGUAAAGUCCUGUGAGUGCGAGCAAUACACUUAGCCAACGGUGACGGUGUACAUAUUAUGUGUGUACGAUUGUUUCUAAGCUCAGCAUAGGCCUGAGUGAGCAAGUGUGUGUGUGUGUGUUCGUGUGUGCACUAAUCAUUUGAAUGCGUAAAUGUAUAGUGCGGCUCUUUGCUGUUAAGUAUUUGAAGGCCUGGUGUGCGUGUGUGUUUAAGUUUUGUGACCGUUAAUCCAAUAAAAAUGUGAAAUUUUGAGAGGCAAUGUUGAAAGGGGCCGCUAUACAAAUGAAGUUGUUAUCACAAUCACCCAGCAACAAUGGCAAUAAGCAGCUAUAACAGCUACAACAAAAUAAACAACGUCACCUAAAAUUACCACUAAUCAUCCAUCGAAAGUAGUGAAACACGACAACAAUAAAACUAAAACGACAAAAAAAAAGAAAAGAAACCUCCAAGGAAAACGUAAGAAGAAUGAAUGAAUCGAUAAAUUUGACAACACCCCCAACAGAAGCUAUGAUGAAGAAAGAAAGAAAGAAAUAACUGCUAUAAAUCAAAUAGAAUUAAUUAAUUGAAUGCCACACAUGAAUUAAGUUUAAUGUGAAGUACAACGGAAAAUGUGUGUAAAAGCCCAUGGAAUGAAACAAUUCAAGGCAAAGUGUGUAAUGCCCCAUAUGCAACUAUAUGCUGUUUAUAUAUGCUAAAAAAAUAAGAAGUUGUUAAAAUAAGAAUCGUUAUUUGCUAUGCUAAAAAAGUUAACACGACUAGCAAUGUUCUGGUGAGAAAACGAGAAUGUCUCUAAUGGGAUUAACAUAAAAGUCAACGGCUAAGAUUUUGAUGGUCUAAACAAUUGUAUAAUAUUAGCAACAACUACAACUAGCAGUUGGGCAAUAUUUAAGAAAGCAGCCGCUCGGCCGUCUCAGCUGAAUGUUUUGAUUAUUCAGCAAAGCCAAAGGCCCAUAAGGUGGCAACAACAGCAGCACAGGCGAAUUUUCCAGCAAUUCGGUUACCCAAAAGGAUUAUCAUGUUGAACGCUGGUGUCAAAUAUUUAUAUGCGAUCAUUUCCAAUUGAUAGCCAACCGGAAAAUAAGAGACUGGGGAUGAAAAACCACAAUAAAAAGGAUUUGAUUUUAAAAUAUGCAGAAACAAGAAAAAAGACGCGAAUUGCGCCUGAAACGAUUUUGGCGCUCGCCAAAAACCACUUCAUCCGAAGAAUCAACCGGAUACGAGAGUCCUACGCGUGCCAAGAACUCAAAUGAUGUCCAACGUUUUAAUCAUUUGCACUACACCAGUUUGGCUCAGAGUGCACCCCACCAUGAUGGUGGGGCGGAUAGCGAAGGUGGUGGCGGUGGGGGUCGCGGCAGCAGCAACAACAAGAACAAAUCUUGCUUGAGUGUGGGCGGAGGAGGAUCGUCGUUGAACAAUAAGCCAACAUGUUCGUUGCCGUUACUGCAAGUCUGGCCAAGUCAGGAUUCACCCCGAGGCGAAGCGGAUGGCCAGUCUUUUAUUUUUCCUGCGAUUGCUGAGACCAGCACCAGUAGCAGUAGCGGUGGCGGCAACAGCACCAGCACCAGCGGCGGAGGCACCACCCUGAUCACCAGCACCUCGGGGGGUAAUAGCAAUAGCAACAGUGCCAGCAAUCACUUGACUCUCAACACCGAGGAAAGGCGCAACUCACUAUACUGUGAUACCUUGCAUGCCGGCGAUUCGGGAAUCGAUUCGGUGCAGGCCUCACCAUCACCCAAUGCAUUGCCCCCACCGCCGGGCUCCACCCUGAUUGGCAUGGCCAAUCCUUCGGCUGAUAUUGGUUCCUGCAAUGUUUCACCUGCCACCACACCGACCCAGGGUUCGCCCAAUCUCUCCCUUAUGGGGGCCAACAGAAUGGGCGCCCGAGCCAGCAUAAGUGUGGGCGCUCCAAACUAUCGCCGCAAGUCCAGUGCACUGCUGCAUCCGGAUCAUGCGCGGCUGUUCGCUUUGCGCAUGAAACAUGCCGCCGCCUUGGAAAGAGCCCAAACCUCGCCGGAUCAAACCUCCAUCGAGGAUGCGACUGAGUUCCAUGACAAUGGUCUGGCUACAAAUUUGCGUCUCUGUUCUGCCUCGUCAUCGACGACGUCGUCGCUAACCUCCGUGGCCGCGGUAAGCUUGGGCGGAGGAGUAUCCUCCUCUGCCGCUGCAGCAGCUGCACUAGCAGCUGCCGCCGGUGCGGGGGCCCAGCAGCGAGUCUCCGAUCCGUGGCUACAGCCGCAAUCAGAUCGAGAAAGAGAUUCUCGUCACGAACGCCGUCGUUCUUCGACUGUCACCCGUUACUCCCUCUUCGAUGCGCUGGAUCUUGAGUAUGCCCUACUGCGAGCCGCAGCCCGAGGCUCCGUCGGUCCCUACUCUCUGAGCGAAUCGAUACACAAACUAACUUUCACGCAAUCACUGGCCUUCCCGGCCUUGGCGCGCGGUCUGGCUUCCAAACGUCGACGCUCCAACACCAGAAUGAGUUCGCGACCCCUCAACCCCAAUGAAUCCGGUCUGAAUACCUGCGCCAAAGUGGUGACCGCGGUCAUUUUAGUGGCAAUCUCUUUUAUGGUCUUUCUCAUAGUGUAUAAAUUUGUACGGACGUGAGGUUUACUCCUGGCCCCGACAGAUUUUCCCGUCACAUAUCAAAACGCCUACACGCUGACAUCGUCAUCGACCACAGCGCUAACGGGAAAUAAUAGCAGUGUAUUGAAACCACUGUCGGGGUUCAGGAGAGUGUUGGGUAUCAAAGAAAGAGAUUGAGAAAGACAACUGCACAAAAUUCGCAAAAAAAAAAGUAAUAAAAACAAAAUAAAUCCAACCUAAAAUAAGUGUUUUAUUGUGAUACUAAGAAAAAAACCAAGAAAAUAACAAUUCAAAGCCUAACCAAUCCAAACAAAACAAACAUUAAGUGGAUCCAAAUCAAAUUAAGAAGAAGUAAGGAAAUUAUGUUAUAAUUCUAAAAAUUGCAAAAAAAAACCAAUGAAAUGAAGUGAAAUGUGUUAACAUUUAAAGUAUUUAUAAAUGAAAAAAGGAACAAAAACUUAACAAAUACAACAACAUAUAAUCAACUGAUAAAUUAAACAUAUCUUUUCCAAGAUCUACAACAACAACUAAAAUUAUUUUAAAAACACACACAAUAACAACCAGAACAACGCCUGCGUCAGCAAGCGUAACUGCUCCCUAACCUCCCCUUCCCUAACAUACUCACACAGCCGACUCCUUCAGCCAAUAGUCAAUACUUUCAAAUUUAGAAAAUCCUCAUCUCACACUAAGACAGUUCCACAAAACUGGAUGGGAUGAUAGUCAGCCCAAAACUACUUCCCCCAGCCUUUUAGCCUCUUUUAGCUUUUAAUCCAAGAGUAGAACUAGUUAACAUCAUAAGGCCUAGUUUAUAAGCCAAAGCUUAACAUAAGAAAGAAAAAAGGUUUCCUUUUUUAGAGAAAUAAAUUAAAAAGAAAAAAGUACACAAAAAAGUAAAACAAAUAAUGAAUUUUUAUAUGAAAGAAAAAAAUGCUCAAGUUGUUACUAAAUAAAUUCUAUAUUUUUGUCCCUGAAAUGUAUUCGCUUAUCUAUAAAAAUUAUGCAAAAAAAUUAAAUCUAAAGCAAAUCUCCGCCCCUCCAGAGCCUCAAAACCAGAAGACUUUAUAAAACAAUCCAUUAAAGCUCUUACAUUGACUUGCACGAUAUACUAAAAGCAUGUUGUUGUUAUUAUUAUUUUCGCCACUAUUAUUUGCCAUGUUAUAUAUUGUUUGCAUUGCUUCAUAGAAGGAUAACUUAAUAACGCCGCUCACUCUUUAUGGUGUCACAAACAACCAAUAAAGCCCCUUAUCCUCGAGGAUGACACUUCUU